AUGGCGUCACAUGAGAAUUACGAGGGUGUGUUUCUUCAUUCGGACGUUGAAAUUGAACAUAUCAACCACAAGAAUCAAAAUCAUGCUCCGAUUUUGAAUCAGUGGAUGCAGGACUUGCCGGAGAUAAUUCAUAAUUUACCACUGAAUUGCCUUGCUAUCCCAGGUUCUCAUGAAUCUGGCAGCUACUCAGUAAGUGCACUGGAUGAUUAUGCUCCUGAUGGACUUUUCUUGUCCAAGUCUCGUGCAGUCCAACUGCUGGGCUCAACAGCUAAAAAAGUAAUCUGUGGUUGGAUGAAGACCCAAGAUCUGACCUGUAAAGAACAGCUGGAGAUGGGGAUUCGAUAUUUUGAUUUCAAAGUUGCAACCAAACCUGGAAGUUCUGAUUUAUACAUUGUUCAUGGAUUGUAUGGCGAUUCCAUGACCACUGUGCUAGACAGCAUCAAAGAAUUCCUUGAUUUGCAUCCCAAAGAGGUAGUAUUGCUUCACUUUCAGCAGCUUUUUGCAAUGACCAAUGAUGACCAUCAUAGGCUUCUGCGGCAAAUUACAGAAAUAUUUGGAUCCAAAGUAUGUCCUGUAGUCCCAAAAAUGGAGAAAUUAACUUUAUCAUGGCUGUGGCAUCAACAGUACCAAGUCUUGGUAUUUUAUAUGCAUGAUGUUGCUAAUUACCACCCAUUCCUCUGGAAGAAAGAGUUCAUCCUCAGUCCUUGCCCAAAGGCUGUAAAGGGUAGUGAACUAAUGCAGUUUUUGGUGGAGCAGCACAAGCAGGAGAAACCUCUUAGAAAGUUUGUUGUCAGUCAAGGAGUCCUUACACCAACAGCCACUUUCACCUUGAGGCAUCCUUGCUCUAAUUUUCGUGAUCUUCUGGUAGAUUCUGCUCAUGAAGUUCUUCAAGAAUGGUUGAAAGGAAAGCAAAGCUUGAAUAUUAUUAUUUCUGACUUUGUGGACAUAAAAGAUUGCUGGUUUCCUCGCACAGUUGUGGGAAUGAAUUACAGUAGACCUUUGGGUAAAGAUGAAAUAAAUGGGAAGAGUAAGGUAACCACAGAGUAAUACCGAAAGUAAAUUUUAUUUUCACAGGCUAAUAAUACUCAAAAGUAUGCAGAGUAAUACCUUGUUUUAUGGUUUCAAUUCAUCAUGCUUAUGUGUACUUAUGCUAUAGCAUGUAAAACAGAAGAAAAUGUGUUACUUAAAAAAUAAAAUAAUUUCUGCCUUUAUAAAAUAUGUAUUUUACUAGAUAAUCUGAAAUUUUCAACCAAAGAAUUUAUCAGAUUAUUCAUAAUUGCUAGUUGAUUUUGACAGUAUCUUCCACAAUAUAAUAAAAAAAGUACGAUUUUGUGGGCUGCUAUCUAUUCUAAAACUAAAAGUUUGUUAUCUGUUAGUCAUUCACUAGAAAUUCCAUAUGAAGUUAUAUGUGUGAAUCAUUUUCAAAUCCUUAACUUGUGUUAACUAUUCAUAGAUUAACUUUGUUUUGUGUUUCACAGCAUUGUUGUUCUUUUAUCUUGAUUAAUAUUAGAUCCUAAGAGCACACUGCACACUUAACUAAGAGACAUUAUUGUUUCUUCAAUGAAAACUGGUCUUAGGGAUAUGUGUACUCUAUGUGUACACUAACUAGCAAGUAUUAAAUCAAUGCAUCUAGUAAACUGUUGGUUUUAAGGUUGUGUUAUACACUAUAUUUUUGCAGACCUUCUUUACUUAUCAUUUCUUUAAACAUUUACACUCUCAUUCACAUAGAAAAUUAGGUUGCUUGCAUAGGUGUUACAGUAUAAAAUAUCUGUUUAUUGAAGAAUCUGUCAACUUGAGGUGAUUCAGUAACUUGGUGUGCUAGAAGAAAAAUUGAUGUAAAGUACCACUUGUUAAUGAAAUAAGAUUACUAUGCUUAGUUUGAUGUAAUAUUGUAAUUAAUACAAUAAAAAUACAUAUCUUUGUAUUAUUCUCAAGCAACUAAGAAGUUAAUAUUUAUUCACAUAUUGAUGUAGUUUACCAAGUUUCCAUUGUCAAAGAAGCAACAAUGCAUGUUAAUUGUGAUGUUUAGGCUACUACUAAUAAUUAAGAUUUUUAGCAAGCAUGAGCAUACUUGUUCAAGUAUUUCGUAAAAUCUAAUUGUACAAGUGUAGAAAGUUGCUUAACAUCAAGUAGUACAGUUUUGUACAUCACAACAUAGACUAUUUUUUAAAAUUAAAUGUAAAGCUCUUAUAAUAUUAUGUGAUUUAGAUUCAGGCUUGUAUUAUCUGCUCAGUUUUCUUAGGUCUCCUUUGUCCUUUUUUUUUUUCUUACAUACAUUUGUAUGUAUGAAAUAAUCUUUAAUUUCGUAAGUAUGACUUAUAUGUUGAUAAUCGGAUAAUUAAACUCGUAUCAUCUAAAUGUUCUAUCAACUAUUUUUUUUGUAAGUACAGAAGAAAAAAGUAAAAAAUUACAUCUUAAAGACAAGAAAUAAAAUUCAUCUAGUUUAUAAACUGUAAAAGGACCUACAUGUAUAAUGAGUCAAAGAAUUUAAGAUAAAUGGGCAUUGACUCGUGCAUUUUAUGAGUUCUUAUUCUCGAAGUGAUGUUCUUCCAUACCUGUAGGUCACACUGUGCUUUUGGAUUUAUACAGUCAUCCCCUUACUUUGUUUCACUUAUUUUUGGUCCAUCCUGUACAUGUUUGUGAAGUAGUUACAGUAACACUAGAGGUUUACAGGAAAUGUGUAUAAUAAUUUAUGAUAAGUUGUUCAUUUAUAGAUUUGGUUUUUUUUUCACACUUUUUUGCCAUGUUGGCUAUGGUGCUAAAAAUAUUCUGCAUUUAAAAUGUAUCGUUUUGAAUAAAUUCAUGGGACUCUUCAAAACUUUAAUUUUUUCAGUUGUUACUAACUUGUAUGGAUUUAUAUGUGUAGGUCAUACAUAUAUAUAUAUUUAAGCUUAAACAAUAAUUACUAAUAAACUCGCAACUAAGUUUAUUUUAAUGAUAUUUUUAAUGCUCUGACAUAUACUGUAUGCUUAUUUGAUACUCAUAGGUACUUACUGUGAUGUAUGGAAAGGACUGAAACUUGUAUUAUAAUUAGAAUUAAUAUCCAUAAGAGAUUCAUGUUCUGCAUGUGUUUUAUACAUCUAGGCAAUUUUAAUAGUAUACUGGUUGAUCCAGGCACUUGUAAUUCAAGCUGCAUGUAGGUGAUUUUUGCACUAUUUCUUUUAAUUCUAACUUUCACACUCCAUAUUUUUUUAAGUAAAAAAUCUGAAUUUAUGUAUAUAAUGUUUGUCUGUAUUAUUUUGUGUGUUACAUCUUUAGCAAUAUAUUUGGUGAUUAUCACUGAUGUGUUAAUAAUCAUUUUUCACUUUAGGUGUUACAUAUUUCUCUCAUGUUUUGCAGCUGUUAGGGUUUUGUAUAGUACUUUGUUUUGUUACAGUACAUUAGUCACUCAUGAAUGGCAGAUGGCUUUUAAUAAUAUUGUACUCAACAGAUUUUAUUAUAGGAUCUGAGGUUUUCUGAUAAAGAGAAAAAAUCUGAUCUCAGUUCUCCUGUGCUUUAGUACCUCUCCAAUGUUUUACAUUAUGUCUGAAAUUCUAUACUUUCGAUUGUUUAAGUUUACUUUUUUUAUAGCUUGAGUAAUACUUUGUAUAUAUAUAUAUUUUUGUGUUGUUCUGUAUUGACUGAUAUGUGUUUUAAAAACUGUAUUUUACAGCCACAUUAAAAAAAUGGACGUUUCUUUAUAACUAUUGCAUUGAAAAACACUAAGAGAUUAAAAAAAACUUUUUUUAGUUGGGCACCAUAUGAUAAACAAAAAUUGAAAAUGAAGAGAAUAUUAAUUAAUGAAUGGACUGGCAUAUGAACAUCGAAGAGUAAACCUGAAGAAAGCUCAUUUCAACAUUUUCUAAAGAACAAUAAAGAUAAAACUUGAAUACCCGUUUUGUAAUUGAUGUUUAUUAGUAGUGUAUAUAAAGUUUUCCUGUGCUUUGAAAACGUUAAUCUUAAAGCAGCUUUUAAUGAUGUAUUCUUCCAACCAUCUACAUAGGUCCAAUAAUACAAAUUUAACAUUGCUGUUAAAACACCAAAUAAAUGUAUUAGAUCAAGAAGCUUCAGAAGGCACCAGGACCCUUUUGGGAUCAUUAACAGUCUUUCCAGAACAAAAAAAAAAGUUAAGAAAUUGCACAUAUGAGUAAUGUAACAUAGCAAAAAUACUGUAUAUGAUGAAUUAAAUCAGAAAUUGGGCAUUAAAAAGCAGUAUGAAAGCAGAAUUUGUCUUUAAGCAUUGGUCUGGAAAGUCGGUUUCAAUUUUUGUUCAUUGCAUUUUUGAUAACUUGCAUGCACAUUAUAGUGUUGCUACAUAGCAAUUAGUACUUAUUAAUAAAGCAUAAUCAAUAAGAGUUUUAUGGAUUAAUGAUUGAUAGAAAUAAAGAAAUUCAUAAAAUUACCUGGAAUGGUCUUAUUCAAAGAAAACCAUAUUUUGCCUUGAACAUCUUAGCUAAAACAAACGGGUAAACAUCCUUAUUUUGUUUAAUUCAUAAUAUCAUGUUGACAUUUUAAGUAUAGUUAAAGUCAAACUAGUUGUAGAGAUCAAAUGUGGUAUAUUGAGUUGAAAAGGAAGCUUAGAUUAGUUUAUUAUUUAUCAUAGAGGAUUGAAAUAAAUAACAAAUGAUAGGUAAAGCUAAAACCUAAUUUCUGUAUCCUGGAGUAUUCAUAUGUUAAAGGAAACUCAUUUUUGUAGCAUAUAGCACUAAUUCUGGUCCCAAGCUAUCUGUGUCCAGUUUAUCUUCCAAGUGUCGAAAGUACAAGAUCUGUGAAAAGCCUACUUAUUAAUACACUGUAUUCAUAAAAUUAAUAAUCCUGACCUCACAACGUAUUUAUUUAAGUUUUAAUUCUGAAAGUUUCAAAAUAUAGACUUUUUCUAGAUAACUGUGAGUAAUCAGAAAAGUGUUUUAUCCUGUUUUAUUUUAAGUUUUUAUUUGGCUGAAAUAUUUAUUAUGCAAUAUGAUCAUUAAUCUUGAAGCAAACAAAUUUGGAAGUACAUCAUGAAUAUGCAUAAUAAACUAAAAUGUGGUACUGAAUUUUUUAACUUUUUGUUCUUGAUUUCAUAACAUUUCACAGCCAAAUACCUGCAAUAUGAUAUUUUAUUUUAUAUGAAUUAAAACUUCUCAAUUGAAAGGAAUAGUUGCUGUUGAAUUUCUAAAUUUUAAGCAUUUCUGAAGGCUGUCUAAACAUUGAGUCUUGUACUCAUAAGAGCCUUAAAAAAGUUUAAAGAUUACAUAAUGAUGCAUAAAACUUGAUCUGCAUAGAAUAGUUAAGCCUAAUUAAUUAUGUUUUUUAUCAGUACUAUUAAAUUUUACUCCUGUUAUUUGAUAUUUUUAUUGUUACAUUGAUAAAUGUUCACCUUUUCAUUGUAAUCAAAGCAUGUUGAGAUGUUUGGAAUUUUUUGAAUGUUUGUAUUUCAACAUGUUGAAAAUUUAGAUUUUGAGCUUUAAAUGUUGUUAGUUAAGGUCUGAGUGAAUUUUUGUAAUUCAAGGCACUUGUACACUUUUAUGCAUGUAUAGGGUUGUACCUGUAGAUUAAUAUUAAAAAUGCUGUUAUGCACAGUUAAAAAUUUAAGGUUUUUACAUCUUAGUCCAAGAAAAUGAGUAAAUAUUUAUUAGCAUUGAAUAUAUAAACUGUUAAAAGGCAUCUUUGUGGCUGUUUAAAGGUUAAUUAGGUGGCCAUAGAUUACUUGAAAUGUGAUUUUUAUUUUAUUGUUGGAUAACCUCAUUGUACAUAUAAACUUAUUUCCUUAAAUAAAAAAAGUCAUGCUUGUCAGUAAAAUUUAUCAUGUGCAAUAGAUGAAAAAGUAGUUAAUAGUAUACUGGACCAUUGUAUUUUCUUUUAUAUUAUAGAAAUUCAAUUAAUUCCUAACAUAUAAUGCCAUGGUUUAAACCUAAUUGUGUGAUUUGGUAGUUUAAGGACUUAAUCAGUAGUCCUAAUUUUUAACAUCUUCAUUUAUAUUUAACACCAUAAAAUAUUAGAAAUGAUGGAAAAAAUAUGUCUCAAGAAAAUUGCUGUAAUUACCCUCAAAUUAUUAGCUUCUUAAGCAUUUACCUGUUCCUUUAAACUGUUGGAGUUUUUAUGUUAAUGUUUUUUAGAUGAUAAGUCUUAUCCUAAUUAGUGAUCAAGUGGAUGGAAUUUUUGAGACAGGCUAUGACACAGAGAAAAAAUAAACUUAUAAAGAAUCCUGAUUCAAGUGUGAUACUCAUAGUGCUGUGUUUUAGGUACUUGAAGCUUCUCUAACACUAAACUGUUUUGAAUUACAACUUUUUAGAAGCUAAGUUAUACAAGUAGUAUUUGAAGACUGUCUUUGCACAGGAUAUAAAUUCGAAAGUCUGCUUGUAUAUGUUUUUCUAAAGAAUAUUCAUUAAGUAGCAUGUCACCAGAUUUUGUUAGAACACUGCAUCAAAAUAAUAAAAACUGCUGAAUAUAUUUAAUUCCUUUACUUGAUUUUUUUAUUAUGCAAAAGCAAGUUAUAGAGAUUUCUGUUUUAUCAGUACUCUUUCUCUACAUCUAAUUUAACUGUCUAAAUGGCAAAUUAAUCUGUUUCAUAGUUAUUUUUAAAGAGAUUAUGUAAUAUUGCAGUUUUUUAGUGUUAUUUUUUGAGAAAGAGAGAAUUUAACUAUAGUACUUGCUUGGUAGAAUUGUCAUAGCUGGAUGGCAUUAUGAUUAAUUUUGUUCUUGAUAAUAUUCUAUUUAAUGUUUUUUCUUUCACAUUUCUGAUUUUCUUUUAAUACAAUUAGCAAAAACAUUUGCACAAUCUAGUAAAAAAUGUUCUUUUAAAAGAGGCAAAAAAUAAGAUCAUACACUUAUUAAAGCAUUAUGUAUUUAUUCUUUGUUUAUAAUGUUUACAGACAUUAUUCACUGUUAAAAUUGCUUUCAUAUAAGUUUCCAUGUACUUCCUAAUUAUUAUUAUAAUUACCUGAGGUAGUUCUAAAAAGGCAAAAAAAAAUUGUUGACUGUAGGUUGUAAAGAAUAAAUGAAACACAAUAGUUCAAGAUGUUUUACCUUUAAUGAAAAAUAAAAUUAUUAAAGUUAGUUUCUCUGCUAAACACUAACUAGGGGGGAAUGGGGUCACUAUUAAAGCAACCAAACUGUUUGGAAAAAAUACAUGUUGGAAAUCAGUGUAAGUUGGACAAUGAUUUAUGAAACUAAGGAAAACAAAGUGAAGAAAUUUUAGAUUAUUAAAAAUAUUACUAUUUUAGCAAAAACAUAUGAAAACUUGAUUUGUAGUACUUAAAACAGUUUUUAUAAUUAUAUAGUUCAGUGUACAUGAGAAAAAUUCAUAUGUUGAAUAAUAAAGAAGAAAAGUCAAAAUACAUAUUAAUUAGUUUCAGUUUAAUAUUUGUAACUAAACGUUUUAAACUAGGUGUUCCCUGUUGUCAUGAUUCACAUUUAUUUUUUAUCAUAAUACAAGUGUUCCGUUUUAACUGAAUCUGAAUAAGACACUUUAUGUCUUUACACAUUCUUUUGAUGCUGAUAUGUCCAUGGAAGUAACUGAUAUUUAUUUGUUUAGCAAAGUUUAAUAAUAUUCCACAAACAUGUAAGAGCAUCUAAAACAUUGUGUUCUUUCACAUUUACCUAUGUUUAUAUGUAUUUUAUAAGUUAUUUUUUGUUUAAAAUGUGUUGUGUACAUGUUAAUCUUGAUUAAUUUAUUUUACACUGUUACUUCAUUAUCAUCUAAAUAGUUGUUAAUGUAACUAUAAGUUUGAGGAUUAUGUUAAUGUAAUUCAGUAAGUAAACUUGUUGAUCAAAGUAGUAGUUUAUUAUUAUUAUUUUUUAUACACAAGUUUUUUCAUUUCUACAUCUGUCUCAGAAGUAAAAUAUUGUUCUUUAAACAAGUUUGAAUUUUAGCAUGUGCUAGUCGUUUCCUAUGCUGAAAUGUUACAUUAGUAAUAAUUCAAGAUGUCAUACAUGUGUUUUAUAUAUACCUAGUGCAAUUUUUCAUUGACUUCCAAAUAGAUGAACUCUUGUGUAUACAUUGUUUUCCAUUUGAGCUUUGUUUAUGGUAAAGAACAUGUAUUUUUAGUAAUAGUAAGUAGGCUUGCUCAGAUUUGCUUCAGUAAAUAUACUUGCUGCUUGUGUUCAAGGUUUUUAGCCAUGUAGUUUUUAUUGGAGUAAGAAGCUGUAAUGACAAAUAAAAAUAAUGAAAAAAA